GAUUUAUCAGAAUUCUCAUGCUAUUGUACCAAGUAUGACUUUUCCUAAUGAUUCACAUAUUUCUAAUGAAAUUACUUGCAAUUCUGAGGAAAAUAUGUUAAAUGAACCUAAUCAUGAUCGAAAACCUGAUGUGGUUUGGAUAGAUGCUGAUUUUUCUAACGAUCCUACGCUCUGCAAUGACAGUCCUGAUGAAUUUCAUGAGAAUAUUUCAGAAGAAUCAAAUCCUGAUGUCAUAUCAUAUAUUACCUAUCCUCAUAAUGUAUUUGAUCUUCGUGAAAAACCUGCCCAAUGCGAAGCACGAGUACUAAGUGACCUCGAGUUUUAUUAUAUUUCGGAUGAUUUCAUAUCAACUGCUGUUUACUCUUAUCACAAAAGCAGUUCUAAUGUUUACUCUAAACAAUGUGAGAUAUAUGUUUUAAAUGAAGCCACAUUAUUCAUAACUUGGGAGUAUAAAGAUCCAACAUUAUUUCGUGGGGGGGGAUAGUGUUGAAAAAUCUAUGGUUCGAAUUCUAGAUAUUAAUGAUUUCAUUACAAAACCGACAUGCUGGUUGUAUACAAUUCCAGGUGAGUCUGUUCCGAUUUCGUUUGUUAAUUUCAAUACUAAUGAGCACUUUCUAGAUACUACAAAGUUUUUAUCUU